AUGGAAUUCACCCUGAAACUGUCUUCAAUAAUUUUUUUCAUCAUCACGGUAACGCUAUAUUGCUACGCUCUUCAGCUGCAAAAUGUUUACCAAGCACUAUUCACUAGAGCUCUUACUUAUCUCAAGGUUUACAAGCGUGAAACAGAAAUAUGCUUCGUGGAUACUAUGGAUAUGGUUGUGAAAUUGCAAGCUGGUUCUGCAGCUCACUGCAUUUCAAAAUGUCGAGUAGCAACUAGCAUGAAUCUGAAAGGAAUCAACUACAUGACAUCAGUUGGAUCUUGUUCGUGUGUUCCAAAAAUGAACGUCCUAUAUAAUGUAACUGCUGAUCUGACUGGAGGAUGUCUGGCUUUUGUCACUCAUGAUUGCCCGCUUAGAUUUGACUACCUCGUUGAAAACCACAAAUGUUACAGCUUGCAGUUCACGGCUAAUGAUUGGAACACUUCAAGAAGCAAUUGCAACAACCUGCUCAACUCUCACCCAGUGGUUAUAGAUAGUUCAGAUGAGAAUACUCUUGUCCGGUUGUAUUCGUUGGCAGAAAUUGCGCGAAACCCAAACGCAACCAUGAAGCAAAUAUGGACUGCAGGCUAUCGAAUUAAUGUCAAUGGAUCUCCGACACCAUUCUACUGGGCUACAUAUCCAGACCAAAACCAGUUGAUCGAAGAAUUUUUCUGGACGAUUGAGAACCCAGGAGUUCCUUACAAUGGGAGAACAAACUGCAUCCGAUACAUAUUAAACAUAGGAUGGGCAGAUAUAAUCUGCACAUCUCAGAUGUAUGUUCUCUGCGAGGUCGAUCUUCAUUGA